AAGGGUGUUGAAGUUUCUAGCAUGAGCCACCAUGUCAGCAUGAUUAAAACAAAAAUCUUUCAUAAUAAAACUGAGACAUACAAAAUAAAGAUUUGCAUUUACGAGGUCCUAUCCGACUCCGUUUAUGAAAUACAGCAUUUUUAUGUUGCAAAAAUUGACUCUUCAAUCACUGGAUCUGAUCCCAAAAUAAGAUUCACAAAAUAACUUUCGGCAUUACCACAACAAAUACACUCAGAAAUAAAGGUUAGGGAUAGGGUUGUUUUAUUUUCAUUUGUCAGGUUUUAGUCUGAAGUACAGCAUCUCACAUUUUUAACAGUUUCCUCCAGCAUUAUAUUUAAAAUAAACUGUGCGUAAGAACAUGUUCAACAUUAUUAGGCUUCGUUUGCAAUGUCCUGAAUUGUUGAUUUAACGUGGAUGCAACUUCCUCAGAGUCGGGGGAUGUUUUGCUUGCAUUCAGUCUGAUAUAUGUUACCAUUGAUGACUGAAAAUCAAAUGUGUGCAGUUAAAUCCUGCCCAAGUCACUGAGUCAGGACUCUUCCACCCUCCUCCAAUUGAUUUCUGCGUCACGGCUCCGGCCACAGAUUGAUUGCCUCUGCAGUCGGAGAGGUUGCGCCUGCUCAGACUGGAAUAGACUAGAAUAGACUGUGUAUGUCUGAUGACUCCCCUGAUGCUCAAGUGUGAUUAAGUUUAAUGUGUGUGUGUCCUCGAUCACAGUGUCGGUCAGAUGGUACUUAAGCAAAUUAAGAGCUCUUGCGAGGAUUACAGGGUUCUCUCCAGUGGUGAUUGGAUUGUUUGUGUUAAAGAGUCCAAGCUGGGAUGGGGGUGAGCAGGAGGUGUGAUGUUUGACAUCUUUAUUUUUUCAUCCCCAUACCUGAGACGCAGAUGGAGCUUUCUACUGUCUUAUUCCCUGUCGUUGUUAAGUGUCUGCUGUCGCUCACAUCCUCUCUGUCUCCCGAAGGACCGACUCACAGUGCCGGCAUCUGGUGGUGGUAAACAGGCCGGCAGCAGUGUGUCUAAACCCAGUGUCGGCUGUGGCAGGAGCAACAGCCAAAGCAGCAGAGGCAGCGACUUCACGGCGGGCGUCGGUAAAGUUGGAGGCAGUUUGAAAAGAGGCAGCCUCGGUCACCAUGGCAGCGUUGGCCACCCGGGUACCGGACCGGCACCUCAGCCAGGAAGACCUGCUCUCCGCCUCUGCAGCAGCCGGAGCUUCUCGUCCCUCCACACGCCCUCGUUCAAGACCGCUCCGUUCAUGAGGAGCAGCCGCUCUCUCAGCAGACUCGACGAAAGAUCCUCCAGACGAGAUUCAGACCAUGCACCUCCAAACUCACAAGAUAAUAAAGGACAAAAUUCAGGAGAGAAAUUCCUGAACUCUGGCCGGCUGUCGACCUCUGAGGAGCAAAUCAGGGAUUACGAAGACCAGUGUCAUGGUGAUGAUGAGGAGAAGAUGUCCUCCUCCUCUUCAGUCUCUACCGCUGCAUAUUAUCAUCACUGCAACACAGUAAAGAAACAGACCAAAGAUGGAGUGUCUGCCGCGCUCUGUGCAAUGACCUCUGGGAUGAGACGCAACUGGGUCCAAGCUGUGUUGAAGAACGUGAGGCCCAGUGUAACAGCUGAUGUCCCAAGCUCCCUCUCAGGGCAGAAAACCCAACAAAGAUCACAUCAACCGGACUCAGAGUCGGCUGAGGCUGUGUGUGAAUCUGAAAACCCAGAUAGCUGUUGGCAAGAAGCCAGUGACAAGGCAGAGGAUUCACAUCAGCAGCAGAGAGAACAGGAGAAGGAGCUGCAGCCGGAGAAGGAGCAGAGCUGCAGUGGUAGUAACUCAGCUCCACCUCCUGUGAGUCCUCAGGUGGAGGACGACCACGGUGCUCCCUCUGAUCCGUGUCCGCCACAAACUGACGUAGGUGUCUCAAUAAAAGAGGAGGAAACCCGGUGUGAGCAGCAGCAGCAAACUGUGCAGCUGGUCAAAGAGCUGGAGCAAACACAGAAGGAACUGUCUCGACUCCAGCAGUUAAACAGGAAUCUGCAGGAUGAACUGAAACAUGAGCGAGAGACACAUUCAAGAGAAUCGGAUCUUCCACAGAAUGAUCUUCUUUCAAACUCUUCGGAACAAGCUUUGACUUUACAGCGACUGCAGAAGUUAAACCACGACCUCCGCGUCGAGCUGGAGACGCAGAAGAGGAGUUACGAGGAGGCCAGAGAAGCCGAGCUACAGCGAAGAGUAGAUCUCUUGGCUCAACAGGCUCAGUUACUGGUCACAGGCGACGCCACAGCUCUUGCACAAGCUCAUCUGGAGCAAGAUCGACGUUGCUUUCUUGAGCAGGAGAAGGAGUGGGAGAAUCAUGUGUCCUCCCUGAAGUCCCAGCUGAGUGUCAGCGAGGAGCAGAAGAAGGAGGCCGAGUCCCGGCUGACACAGCUGCAGCAGGAGUUGCAGGGUCAUUACGAUCGCCAGCAGGAGGCCGAUCGCUUGCAGAAACAUCUCCAAGAGGUGGAAACCCAACUUUGUGCCAACGAGGAAGCACAGGCUGACAAAGAGGCUCGUCUGCAGAAGCACCUCAUGCUCCUUCAAGCAAGUCAGGACAGAGAACGGAGGAGCUUGGCUGCCAGUCUGGAGCAGGCCCAGCAACACUCACAGGACCUUCAGGAGAUGCUGGACAGGGCUCAGGAGCAGAGCCUGAGCAAGACUCAGGCCUGGACCACAGAAAUUGAGGUGGCUCAGCAGCAGCUCCAAGAGGAGCUUACAUGUACGGUAUCUGCUGUACAUAAACUACAAGAGGAAAGAGAGCAGCUCGGCCACCACUGUCAGGAGCUGCAGAACCAGUUAUCUGAGGCGGAAGGAGAGGUGAGCAGGCUGCAGAGCCGCUUGAAAACAGAUGAGACCCAGUACUACAAUCUUGAGCACUCGUAUGAAAGAGUUUGCGAGGAACUGCAGCUGGCUUUGGGGAAGGCGGAGCAAAGGGAGUCUGAAACGCAGGACAUGCGAGAAGGAUACGAGAGACUCCUCGACGGGAAGGAGCAAGAGCUGACUGAAGUUCUGCUAAAGAUGGAAGUCCUGGGAAACAGCUUGGAGGAGACAGAGGUGAAGCUGAAUGAAGUGUUGAAAGUUUCCAACUCAAGUGAGAGAGAAAAGCAGGUGACUGAUCCUCUCAAUGCUAGAAGAGAAGAUGGAGCAGAGAGUGACGAGCUCUCCGACAGCUCAAACACCACAGAUGUUGUUCAGGUCCACGGCAACCGCUCUGAUAAACGUGCCAGAAACAGGUCUCGCUCCAUCGACCCGUCGUACCAGCACAUCGUCACGGCGGGAGAUGACCCAGACAGGUUUAUGUCUGUGAUCCAGUUACUGGAGAGGAAGCUGUAUGUGACAGAGGAGAAGCUUAAGGACAUCACACAAAGCCUGGAGGAACACCAUGGUCACCUCAGCUGCCAGGACCCACACCUGUACUCCCAGCUCACCCAGAGCCGAGCCACGGCCCAGCACCUCAGUCUGCUGCUCCACAGCCAGGCCAGGCAGAGUCAGCGCUUCGCCCAGGAGUCCGAGAACCGCUGCAGGGUGCUGGUCGGCAGGUUUCAGCUCUCCCUGAACAUCGUGCUAGCCUGCAGGGACAGGCUCCAAGCCCCCCCGAUUAACGCUGCACAGUUUGAGAAGCAGCUGGCCGCCGCUGCAGCCUGCCUUCAGCAAGGAGAGAGAGACGCAGAGAAACAUCAGCACGAGUCACACAAUGCCAGCAAAGGAGAGGACAAAAUCCUCCACGAUGAGACAGUGGCUGGAGAUUUUAGUGGCCUUAGUGCUAAAAGUAAACUCACUGAUACAUUUCCAACGGAGAAUGGCAUGACAAGUGUUAGGAAGUGCUUAUUGAGGGAAAUAUUUGUCAUAGGAAAAAUGCUGUCUGUCCUUCAGAGUCAACGUGGCAUCGGCCAAAUAUCCUUAGCAGUGAGAGACGAUGAGGGGAAUGUGGCACACAAGUACAAAAGCAUCAUCUCCCAAAUAUUAGCCCUAAGAAGAGAAAAAAUAACUCAGUCUAGGAAAAAGGGAUAUGACGGUGAAGAGCAUUUGGAAAGUGUGAUUGGUAGAGGCUGCGCCGAAGCUGAGCUCAUUUGCGCUGCCUUGAAAUUUCAGCAGCGCUACGAGAGUCAACAAGCGGAGUGUGAAAAGACGGGUCUGGCAGACACCAGCCCUCCAGAGCUGGCAACGUAUGAGCAGCAAGUGAAGGUGGAGGGCAGAGGUUUAGAGGAGGCUACAGAACCAGCCGAAAAAAAACAGUCUGAUGACAAAAAGGUGGAGAAGGAACCAGAGUGGUUAGGGAGACUUACAUCCCGGCUGCAAAGAAGAGCCAGAUUCUUAAAGCAGCUCUGCCAGGAGAUCUCAGACGGACCCGUCAGUGAGGGCAGUGUGGACUACAGUGGGGAAAAUGGUUCAGACGUAGACACGGACUGGGUGCAGGAGCAGGCAAAGCUGAUUUAUUUGUCGGACCGGCUGCACUUGCAUUUAGAGCAGGAGCUGCAGCAAAGUGAGGUGCAGCAGAACAAACUGCAGGCUCUGUGCAAAGAGCAAGACACCACGGCGAUGGAUGAGCAGGAGGAGGCGUUAAAUCACACCUUGUGCCUGCUUCAGGAGGACAACAGCGUGCUCAGGGAGGAACUGGAGCGUGCUGAGCAAAAGAUCAUAUCCGUAGAGACUGGGAACCAGAGACUCCUGGAAGACAUACAGAGAAUCGAAGAUUAUCACGAGGAGCGGAUGCAAAAACUGGAAAGCAGUUUUCGAGAGAAGAUAAGAGAACUUCAACAGAUCCACGAGGAGGAGAUGAAACACUUGCAUGGAUACUAUACCAAAGAGAAACAGAGAAACUGCACUGAGGCGCCUGUUUUCAAUGAAAGUAACUGUGAUGCUCUGGCAGCGAGAGAGGCCCUUGUCCAUCCUCAGGAUCACGGCGUCACUGCUGCGGAGGAAAUGCACAGGAAGCUGUUCGUAGAUCUGCAGCAGCAGCAUCAGAUGGAGGUGGCGGCACUUCUGCAGGAGAAAGACCAGCUGCUGCAGGAAGAGACGGCUGCCACCAUGGCAGCAAUUGUAGCGAUGAGGAGAGCCCAUAAACAGGAGCUGGAGAAAAGCAGACAGUCUCAGCACAUCAGGCAAAGUGCUGACAUCGGACAACUGCAUAUUGAAUACGAGAAGGAGAUCCAGUUGCUGCACAAGGAGCUGGAGGUGUUGUCAGUUCAGCACACGCAGAAAUGCCUGGAAUACUCUCAGCUGAGCCAAGAGCUGCAGAGCGAGAGGAAAUGCUUGAUGCAGCACCAACAAGAAAGGCAGGAGCUGAUAAAGAAGCAGAGAGAGAUGGAUGCAAUGUCGCAGCUACAGUUCUCGAUGAAUGGGAAACAUUCACAUGUGGUGGCACAGACCACUGACUUCUAUGAGAUGGAGGUGAUUCUGCGGGCGAGGGAGGCAGAGAUGCAGUUCCUCCGACAGGAAGCUUGUUCACUCAAGGAGGAGUUGAAGCUCGCUCGAAUGGACAAAAUCUAUGCCCAGAACAAGCUGAAGACGCUCUACACGAACAGCCAGGACGAACAGCAUCAUGACGUCAACAAACACAACGCUGAACAUUUCAAGUUGGGACCUUGGUUUGCAAACAGAGACACAUCGGGAAAGAGCCUCAAGGACUCCACGCCGAACCCAAGUAACGCUGCUUUUAAGAAGAAAACUGAGAAGUCAUCGCUCACACGUCAGAUCAGAGCGAGAUCGAAGAGUUUGAAAGACGGCCUCUCUGUCCAAGAAAGAAUGAAGCUGUUUGAGUGAUUCUGAUCCGAAGACGUUGGAACCUGCACAUCACAGGAAGACGGCUGUUUGUCGAGUGCAGUUCAGAGAGAGUCCAUAUAUAUAUGUAUAUAUCUGUAAUGUGUGUGUAACUUUUGUUGUUACACAAAAAUGUGUUGCAUAAUGUUUUUUAUUGGAUAAAAAAUCUGUUUGUGCUUCAUGCUGGGAAAAAAGAAAAGAAAAACCAAGCAUCCGACUACCACUAGAGGAUGGUAAAGAUCUGAGGUCUGUGUUUGUCAUCACAGGAAAACUCAUCAGUGUUGCACCAGUUGCAUAAAAGCUGUUAUUAACACUUUUCACCACUAGAUGUAGCGUGAUGCAACAUUUACUCUCUUUUUACUUCUCCAACUUUCAAAUCUGUUCUUCGGUUAAGGACAAAACAUUUUAGAAUGUUUACUAUUCCAUAUAAUCAGUAAAUUAAAAAUAUUAGUCAUGUAGAUUUUGUAUUUUGAAAUGAUGCAUUUAUGUAAACACAGAGAACAACCAAACUCUGCUUCCCUGCUGCCCUCUAACAAUACCUGUGAGUAUAUGAAGUAAAUAAAUGUUAUUUGCGGUCACAGUUAUUAAAGUUAUUAUGGUCAUGUUCCUUACAAUUGAAGAGACAGGAACAGUAAAACACAGAUUUCUGCUCUCACACACAUUGUUUACACUUCAGCCUGGUCUCCAACGUUAUCCCACCUGUCGUACGGAGGAAGAGCCAGAGACGUCUUAUCAUUUACCGUCGCCUCUGUCUUUUCUGAAUACACUGUUCACCCAGUUUACCUCAGACGACCCCUGACGUGUAAUAUGUGUAGUUAUCCUCCACAGAUCUGUGUAAAUUAUAAAUAUAAGCUCCCGGUGUCCUUGGAGCUGCAGAGUCACAUUCCUGAGGAGGAAUAUUGCACCUCAUUAAACCCCAACACUCAUCUCUCCUUUCCUGUGACGACAGUGUGUGAAACUCUUGUGGAGUGUUGUCAUGAGCCGACACUUUGAAAGAGCAGAGCUGAUUCCUCAUAGUUUUUCAUCAUGGAUCUAAUUCUGCACCUUCCAGGUUUUACUGGCUCCCAGUGACGGUUGAAACAGAACAAACAUCAGUUCUUCAGGUGGGUUUUCCAUCACUCUCCUCUGUCUGUAAACAACAAAUUUCAUACUGUUGAAUCCACAGACUCUAUUUAAAGAUGGACAUGACAUGACUGCUCCCCAAAGUGGCUGGUUAUAAUACAGGUCAUAAACCCCAUCUCCUCCAUGUUCGCAGAUGGGCCACAUUUUUCUCAUAGAUGCUUUCUGUCAUAUUAAGUAGUUCUUAUCCCUUUAAUGUGUUUAUUCCUCAGUUAAGUUUGGUUUUAAAUAUUUACUUGAUGCUAUGAAACGGGAUGAAACAGUGGAUACACACACUGAGUUAACUUGGUUGACUUUAAGUGAAAUAUGGGUGAAACCAAUUUUAUCAACAUGUUAAUAAACUCUCCAGGUCUGGUUCUCCUGGAUAUUUUUAAAUUAUGUCUUGAUACUUUUCUAUUAAACAGAUUACUGAGAGUGA